AUGUUUCGAUUUGUAGCUGCGUACGGCCAGCUCAUCAUGGUCUUUAGCUGCAUUGGGCUCUGUGUCUUUGCCUAUUUUGUGUGUGCCAAACGUGUGCUCGACUCCCCGGGCCCGCCCGCCGCCAAUGACCAUCUGCGGGACACGUGUCUGAGCUCGGCCUACUCGAUCGUGGAGGACGACCCGAUGCAGUACCGCAUCUCGCUCUCGAUCGAGAUGGACACCAAGCCGUUCGAGACGAUUUUGUUCCACGACACACGGCUCAUGCCACUGCAGUUGGCGAUGAAGGACAUGAAGAAGCUCAAGCUAUUGUCGUCGACGGCUUACACCACCAUGUAUGUGGCUGAGCGAUACGGUGCCAAGGCCCACGCGACCAUGCUCACGCCGUGCGCCGUCCAAGACACGACGAUGCGUCUCGGCGGCCUCGUGCGCAACAUCGCUUUUCUCGCGCGGCUCUCGCACCCGAAUAUCGUGCCGCUGCUUGGCUUUGCCACGUCAUCGUCGCUCCUCGAUUUGACAGUCGUGACCGAGUUUAUGGCGCUUGGGACCCUCUCGGAUGUCUUGCGGGAUGCGAACCUUGUCAAGUCCCUUCGCUGGACGACCCCAACGUCGAACGGAGUCGUGCCACUGAAGGCGCAGCUGGCCCUCGACGUCGCGACGGCAGUGGCGCAUUUGCAUACGCUCGACACCCCCAUUCUGCACAAUGCCAUCUCGGUCGACCACGUCUUUAUCUCGAGCGAGUGGCGCGCACACCUCGGCGCCUUCAUGUACGCAACGUACGUCGACGAGCCAAAGACGCGUCUCGCACCAAAUGCCGCGCCCGAGGUCCUGGCCGGCCGACUUCGGUCGACGACGCACUCGGAUGUCUACUUGCUCGGACAGCUUCUUGCCGACUUGGAGGUUGCGAACGACAUGCCCGAGACGGUUCGCGCGAUCGUGGCGUCGUGCAUGGAGCUGGAGCCGACGACCCGCCCCUCGGCGCUCGAG